GGUUUGUGUUUUCUUUUUCUCUUCAGUCUUUUGAGCGGUCGGAUCUCAACUCUGAAGGAUGAAACUGGAGCUAUCUUCAUCGACAGGGACCCCUCUCUGUUUGCUACCAUCCUCAACUUCCUGCGGACAAAAGAGCUUCAUCCUCGCUCCAUCAACGUGCACAUGCUCAUGCACGAGGCAGAGUUCUACGGCAUCACACCGCUGGUUCGUAAACUGCAGCUGUGUGACGAGCUGGACCGAUCUUCCUGUGGAAACGUGCUGUUCAAUGGCUACCUGCCUCCACCAGUGUACCCAGCAAAGCGUCGUAACCGGCACAGCGUGGCAGGGCCACAGUUCAUGGGCUCCCGAGUCGUACCUGUAGAGAGAGCGCCGGUCAGACGCAGCAACACCAUGCCCCCCAACCUGGGCAACUCUGGAAUAAUGGGCAGGGCCAGCAUCGAAGAGAGGCCGUUCGGAGGUCAGUCAUCAGACUCUGGCAUGGUUCGGAUCAUCUGUGGUCAUCAUAACUGGAUUGCUUUGGCCUACGCACAGUUUGUCGUGUGUUACAGGGUGAAGGAGUCGACCGGGUGGCAGCAGGUCUUCACCUCUCCUCGUCUGGAUUGGGUGAUCGACAGAGUUGCGCUCAACGCUAAGGUGAUGGGCGGCUCGCUGGGAGACAACGACAAGAUGGUGGCUGUUGCCUCGGUGACGGAGAUCAUCCUGUGGGCCAUCUGUCCAGAUGGCAACGGAAAUGAAAUCGGCGUCUUCAGCCUCAACGUGCCCGUGGAGGCGCUCUUCUUCGUUGGUAACCAGCUGAUCGCCACCAGUCACAGCGGGAAAGUUGGAGUGUGGAACGCCGUCACCAAACACUGGCAGAACCAGGAUGUGGUUCCCAUCAGCAGCUACGACACCGCCGGCUCCUUCCUCAUCCUCGGGUGCAACAAUGGAUCCAUCUACUACAUCGAUGUUCAGAAGUUUCCUCUGAGGAUGAAGGAUAACGACCUGCUGGUGACGGAGCUCUACCGAGACCCGACUGAAGACGCCAUCACCGCCCUCAGUGUCUACCUCACUCCCAAAACAAGUGACAGCGGGAAUUGGAUCGAGAUCGCGUACGGGACGAGCUCUGGGACGGUCCGAGUCAUCGUUCAGCAUCCGGAGACCGUCGGCUCGGGGCCUCAGCUCUUCCAGACCUUCUCCGUCCACCGCAGCCCCGUCACCAAGAUCAUGCUGUCGGAGAAACACCUCAUUUCAGUUUGCGCUGACAACAACCACGUUCGGACGUGGACGGUGACUCGGUUCAGAGGGAUGAUCUCCACUCAGCCGGGAUCCACGCCGCUCACCUCCUUCAAGAUCCUCAGCCUGGACGACAUCGACGGACACGGAGGCUGCAGCGCCGGGACAGAGAUAGGUAAUAGAGAAGAACGAUCUGAAAUCACAGAAACAUCUUUAAACAUUUAUUUAACAUCUACUUCUUUAGUUUGGUCCAUGUCCCAUCUGUUAACAUGGAUGAGGUUUAUAACCUUUACUGUAUCCAGACACCAGGGGGCGAUCUAAAUGUUUUGGGAGCUGUCGUAUUCACAAUUUAUGAUAAAUACAUCACUUUUUAAAGAGUCGCUGUCCUCACUUCCUGUCCUCACUUCCUGUCCUCACUUCCUGUCUUCCAGUCUUCACUCUCAGUUCACUGAUGGCUUCAGGAUGGAGCGGCUCCAGUCUGCAGGAGGACGAGGAGCCGGAGCUCCGGGUUCAUCUGCCUCUCUGCACGGCAGCCUCCCCCGUCAGGUUCCGUCCUCAGUGCCGUUAGCCAAACCUCUACGAGACGCCGUCCUCUCAGCCGGAGCUGGACCGACCCUCGCAGUCCCCGGCCACACCUACAGCCACAACUCCACUGGCAGCCCCCGCCCACACAGACACCCAGACGGGGACAGAGAGGGGGGGUCUGUCCGCAGGGGCAGCUUCGUGGAGCGCUGCCAGGAGCUCGCCAAGGGUUCGGAGGCAGCUGCCAGCUCAGGGUUUGGGGUCCUGUCGGGGUCGGAGGGCAUCAGGCGGAGCUUAGCAGUGUGCACCGAGUUAGAGGCCAGAUUCGGCCUCAGGACCCCCACCACCUUCUCUGUGUCGCCCGGUGCUCGCCAUUCCCCCGGAUCCUUGUCAUCGCUGUCACCAUCUCCAUUAUCCUCUUCUUCAUCACAUCGCAAGGUCACGCCCACUUCCUCAACAAGCCCCACCCCCUGUGCAGUAAGCCCAACCCGGUCUCAGACCCAGGUCUCUCCUCGCCGCAGCGUUGCACCGUCUCCCGCUGACAUCCAAGCAUCACCAGAGAGCCCCACAAGUCCGGACAACCCCUCCACUGGCCCCCCCGCCGGACCCCCUGCCGCACCCCCCACCGGCCCCUCCGCUGCCCCCCCCACCAGCCCCAAACCACACAUGAACGAGACCAGCUUCUGAUCGGUUGAUCUGACUGAGACUCAGACGCUAAAGAGCAAAUCAGCUACAAAAUGAAAAAUACAUUUUCACAUGAUCAGAAUGUCAAAGGGCUCGUCGACAGUUCGUAACCUAGCAACCGGUUGCCAAGGGGACACACAGAACCACAAGAAGCUCAAAAUAAAUAAAUAUCAUUAUUAAUUUGUCCCGAUUGGACAAAUGGACCCUGAAAAAAAGAAUGAGAAGAAUUUGUUCUCUGACAAAAAUUUCAAAGAUUUCCAGCUGACCUCCAACGUUCUUGUCUCGCUUCUCGAGUCCGACUCUGUCCGUCGGAGACGACAGAUAAACUCGAGUCACGUUCCAGCGACGUUUAACAAAUCGUUUCUUCCUCUUUGUUUUUUAAACGUUUCAGCCACAGCGACCGAGAAGCUGAAAUCAGUGAUUCACUGGAUUCCGGUGUUGAAUUCUUCAUCAGGUGGAGACCAAACAUGGAGCCACUGCCCCCAGGUGGCGUAAACAAGUUACUGCAGCCUCAUCUGUGUUUUUGUAGCUUUUUAUCUCUUCCUCCUCGGACUGAUCUGACUCUGAGUCUGUUAAAACCAGUUUUUUAUUGAAGCUUUAUUUUUCUAAUUUGUAUGUUUGGUUCAGUAAAAUAUAAAAUGUAAUUAUCAAACCGUGAUGAAAGAAAACAUCUUCAUGCUCUGUUCUUUUCUUCACGGAGUCAAACGUGAACAUGUGUCACAGUCUUUCAUUUUCCACUAAUGUUGAUAUUUUGUUUCUUAACAUGAAGAAUUGACAAAUGCUAAAAGGUUUGUUUUAUUUUACCACUUUAUAACAAUUGACAGGAAAUACUAAAACUCUGAGUUAAGUCAGUUAUGAAAACAGGUUUUGAUGAAUUCGGUCCAUUGAUUAAUGGAUCAGUUCAUCACCACGGCUCCAUAGUUUAGUGACGUUUAACAGAAAAUGAAUAGAAACUGUAAAUGAGUUGUUCACCAUAUAUUGUUUAGAGAUAUCUGAUAUUCAAUAGAUGAUGAAUCUGAUUGUUGGUUACGUCCCAACGUUAAACUGAAAAGAACAAUUUCUUCUUGUGAUUAAAAUUAGAUUUUUUUCUCAGUAGGAUUUCCAGGUUUCCUGCGACACACAAAUGCACCAUCCUUCUGUCUGAAGUGUUUUCUGUGGUGACUGAACAGAGUCAGUAUUUAUUCUCAUCAGUCACGUGUUGUUCCAGCUGAUCUCAGGUCUCAACAGUUUGUAUAAAAAAUAAAAUCACACUCAUGAAGACGA